UCAUAAGGGAGAGGGAAGGGUGAGUGAAGAGGGAAGCUGUGGACUGCAUGUCUGCUGGAGAGUUAUAAAAUAUUCUCCUUGCUCACAGCUUGGUAGCUGUUAAAGGGAGAGCUUCACAGACCGUGUGCUCUUUAUUAUCUUCAGUCUGGAAAACUGCAGCAUCCAUGGAGUCCCUGAAUCUACACCUGGAACAACUCAGAUUUGAUGGAGGGGACUCCAAAGGUGAAGAACAGAUUUUCAAAAGUCUAGAUGGAGUUCUUCAAGCUCUGGCUGAAGAUAAGCACAGGACCUCCAGCCUGAUUGCUGAAAGUGAUGUUUUGCCAGCUUUCGCCAGACUUCUGCAGAGCAACCCACUUUGUGCAGUAAAGGCAGCUGAGGUGCUGGCAGAGAUAGCUAAAAACGAGGAGAUGAAGACCCACUGUAUAGAUGCUGGCUUGGUGCCAAUCCUGAUCCCAUUAUUGGACAGCACAGACCAAGAGAUGUUGCUUCAUGUUGGCAGGGCCAUUGGUCGUAUCUGCUACGAUAACAAUGACCUUCAGGAGCAGCUGGUGGGGGCAGAGGUGAUCACGUCACUGGUCAGGAUAAUGUCAGACUAUCCCGAUAAUGAACCUCUUGUCCGUGUCAACCUGCUGGCCUUAUCCAACCUUGCAGAUAUAGACACUGCUAAACAGGCCCUUAGCAAGACCAGAGUUGCAGAACAUUUGGUACAUCAGCUGCGGGCAGCAAACCACCACGAGAAGGUGGAGAUCAUCCUUGAGGUUCUUCAGACACUAGCAGAGAAUGAUGCCCUAAAAUCUCAGUUGGUUGAAGCUGGUAUUCAGGAAGCCAUAGUUGAGAUCCUGCUGAGGCUGCAAGACAGUUCCAAGCCAGAAGAUGUGUGCAGCUUGAAGGCUGCGUCGGAUCUGAUUGUGUCAUUGCUACUUGGAGAUGAAUCCAUGCAGCAGCUGUUUGCAGAAGGGAAUGGUGUUAUCUACCAGAGUGUUGGAACAUGGCUUGCAUCCAAGCACACCCAGUUACAGCUGACGGGGGCUCUGGCCAUUGCUAACUUUGCCAGGAAUGACAGCAACUGUGUGCGGAUGGUUCAGCUGGGAAUCGUACAUCAACUUCUGGACCUUUUGGAGCAACAUGUGGAAAGUGGAGAUGUCUCUGUUCAACAUGCUGCCCUGAGUGCUCUCCGAAACCUUGCUAUACCAGUGGCUAACAAAGUUCAGAUGCUGGACGAAGGGGUUGGCCAACGUAUCCAGAUGCUUUUGAGGUCGGAGAUGCCUCCUGUUCAGUUUAAGCUUCUUGGGACACUACGAAUGUUGAUGGACGGUCAAGCUGAUGCAGCCGAGGAACUGGGCCAGGAUCCGGUGCUGCUCAACAGACUGGUGCAAUGGUGUGAUUCAAACGACCACGCUGGAGUCUGCGGAGAAGCAAACCGACUGCUUGCAUCACUUUUGCGUCACAGUUGUUCUCAGGAAGUUGUCAAAGCCAUUCAAGAGGCCCAGGCAAUGAAGCACCUGGUUUCUAUGGCAACCAGCGAACAUGUCAUAAUGCAGAAUGAAGCACUGAUUGCCUUGGCGAUAGCUUCUGCGGUCAAUUUAGAAAUCAUCAAAGAGACAUUUAAAGAGGCCAAGCUUGUUCAGAACAUACAUAAACUUCUCCAAGAUGAAAGCACAGGCCCGGAGGUGAAAUAUAAUUCAAUAGGUCUGUUGUGCAGCCUCCUGAAUUCAGGUGACCUUCGGAAAGAGGCCGAAGAGGACAAGAUGAAAGAAACCCUUGAGAAGCUCUGUGGCCACAUCAAUGGUAAUGUAGCCAAGCAGGCACUAAUGGCUGUUCAGAUACUGAAUGAGGAGCACGGCCUCUUUGAACCAUAAAUGAGGAUAUCUACUUAGUGCACAAAACGCUACUGCGGUUUAAGUACUGCCUUGGCUAACAAGCAGUGCAUCAGGUUUGAUCUGUUGUGUCCAAGCAUCCAAGCAAAAUAUUGCU